UUUUUUUUUUCUGAUAUUUUUUCUUACUUUCUUAUGUCUACCAGGCAAAGACCCCGUUACCGCUCAAACAACAAUAGGGCAAGCAUAGUUCCUUCAUUAUCAACCACAGUCAAUACCGACACAGCACCUUUGUUCUUACCUUCCAUCGAGGAAUCACUUCAGGACUGGCUUUCAAGGAGCAUACCACCAGAAUCACCUUCUUUGUCGCUCGAUAUGUGUCGAUGUUGUGGGCACAAUGAUUGCGAAUAUUUUGAGACAAUUUCAAGCACAAUGCGGAAACUAGAAAGUGACGCUCGUUUAGCUGCUGUGAUUGGACAAAGCUUGUUACAAAAGCAUGAACAGUACGUUACUGAGUCAAAUGAAAUCAAGCAUGAACUUGAACAAAAGGUGGAAUCAUUACAAGACAAAAUACGCGAACUAGAACAAUCAUUAACAGAAUCAGAAUACUUGAAACAAGAAUACCUAGAAGAGAAAACCAAGUUGAUUUGGGAAUGUCAACGAACACAAAAAUCAUUGGAAGAAACAACAGCUGAUUUAGAUCAAAGCAACAGUCGAUGUUUACAGCUCGGAUCAGAAUUAAAGUCAAAAAUAGGCGAAAUUGAAAAACUACGAGUGUUUAAAUUGAUGGCAAGACAAGCAGAUGUCAGGGAAGAGACUUUAAGGACAAAAUUGGAAGACUUGAAGCAAGAAUUGGCUGUCUCGAGAAAAGCAGAACUCACAUUGGAAAACAAACACAAGAAAUUGAAAGCGAAAUACGAGUCCAUGUGUGCGUCUUUUGAGAAACUCAAGACGGAUCAGAAAGCAAUGGGAAUGGCAGACGAUCAUCAGAUAGAUUUAGUUUGGCUUAGAGAAUCAAAUGAAAAGCUGCGAAAAGACGUAUUGAAGCUUACAUAUGCUUUACUCUCGCCUAAUGCUGCAGCUGAUUUGCAGAUAACCAAUAGCAAUCAAAAUCACCUUAUCGAGCUUAUAAAAGAAUUAGCAUCAGCGAACAAUAAAUUGAAAACAGAUUUACUUGACUGCAGUGACUUAUUAAUGGAGUGUCGCAGUGAUUUACACCGACAAGACCAAGAAGAGAUGGACGAAGAAGACGGACAGUUGAAAAAGACUCUCUUUAAUCAUAUAAACAACAAGGACGAUGCUGCCUAUCUGAGUACUUCAGCACCACAGUCAAAUGAAGAAACAGUGCCGCGACUAAGACGAACAGAGUCCAAAAGAUCUAAAAAAAAAGAUGAAACUGUGCAACCAAACGAAGCAUUGAAAAACAAUCCUGUCAUUCACCAUCAUUAUCAUUACUACAUGAAGAACAAAAUUAUGGCUGAAAAAGGAAAACUCAAUACAAAAAAAUCCUUUACUGACGAGGCAAGUAAACUUCUUCAAAGCAUCAUUGAUUUAGCCAUCUCGCCUUCUUCUUCGUCCUCGUCCACUAAAGUUAUUGACUCAAGUUCGCCGUUUCGUCAACUGUAUCACCAAGUCACUAUUGUGUUGCAGCGAUUACAACAGACCGAUAUUCGAGCAUUAAAUAGACGCCUAAGGCGAGCAUUUGAUAUAUUUGAAUUGAGCAGUAUGAGUAAUUCAAUCAUCGAAAACAUUGUGACAGACAUCGAUAGUCUCAAAUCUCAGUUCUCGUGGAUUGAAGACAAGUCUGUUGUAAAACAAGAGCGAUGGAUACAAGAUAUCUCUAUGAUCGAGUUUUUUCCUAUCAUGGGACUAGUGCAGGAAAUGUUGAAGGAGAUUGGGCAGCUGAGGAGCACAAUGAAUGAUCUCCAAGUAGAGUAUGUAAAAAAGAUUGAAGAAAGUGACGUUCGGUUUGAAGAAGAACUGCUGAGAAAACAACAACAACAACAACAACAACAACAACAGAGAGAUAAGUCCCCCAGUCCAUUUACUUGGUUUACAAGCAUAUUUGGUCGUCGUCAUCAGGAACUAGACAAGCGAAAAGUACAAUUAUCUCAGUCACAAGACUCUCUUCAUGCACGCUUUCUUGCUGCAGCCAAUGCAAGUGAUAUCAGUAUUCAUUCAGGACCUAUUCAUCCUCUUUCUAAGCCAAACACAACCACAAUUACGAUUCGCCGCAAAAAGAGUGACCUUCUCGACCGCCAUGCGUCUAACCGGUCUCCUGCAAUGGCUAUUGGAGGAUGUCAUGAAAAGAAACCACGUCGUUCCACUGUCAAUUUUGCACCCUCUUCACCUACAGGCAAACCAGCCUUCCCUAUACUUUUAAGAGCUUCACAAAGUGCUGGUACGUCCAGAAAGUCACAACCUGCACUUGACUACGUCGUGAAAAGAAAAAGGUCAACGUUAGGCCUCAAUUCUUCUACAGAUUAUGAUUUAAGUUCUGAUCUAUCCAACACAUUUACAACAAGUUGGUUAGGUAAUAAAUGAAUCAGAAAUGUCUUGUCUCAAGCGAAUGAGGUACAGAUGUGUAUUUUAUUAUAUAUAUAUAUAUAAUAGACAAAUUGUUCAAAUAAAUUUUCCGGUUCAGGUCUUUG